GUCUUAAUGUGCUGGCUAGGAUCUCCAGUACAAUGUUGAAUACAAGCGGUGAUGGGGGCAUCCUGAUCUUGUUCCUGAUUUUAAAGGGAAUGCUUUCAGAGUUUCACAAAUAUGGUUUCUAGUUUUAGGGUUUCUGAACUACAAGUGUUACUAGGCUUUGCCGGACGGAAUAAAAGUGGACGCAAGCAUGACCUCCUGAUGAGGGCGUUGCAUUUAUUGAAGAGCGGCUGCAGCCCUGCGGUUCAGAUUAAAAUCCGAGAACUGUACAGACGCCGAUACCCUCGGACUCUUGAAGGCCUUUCUGAUUUAUCCACAAUCAAAUCAUCGGUUUUCAGUUUGGAUGGUAGCUCCUCACCUGUAGAGCCUGACUUGGCCGUGGCUGGGAUCCACUCGUUGCCUUCCACUUCAGUUACACCUCACUCGCCAUCCUCUCCUGUUGGUUCUGUGCUGCUUCAAGACACUAAACCCACGUUUGAGAUGCAGCAGCCGUCUCCCCCAAUCCCUCCUGUCCAUCCUGAUGUGCAGUUAAAAAACUUGCCCUUUUAUGAUGUCCUUGAUGUCCUCAUCAAGCCCACGAGUUUAGUUCAAAGCAGUAUUCAGCGCUUUCAGGAGAAGUUUUUUAUUUUUGCUCUGACACCUCAGCAAGUUAGAGAGAUAUGCAUAUCCAGGGAUUUUUUGCCAGGUGGUAGGAGGGAUUAUACGGUCCAGGUUCAGCUGAGGCUUUGCCUGGCGGAGACAAGUUGCCCUCAAGAAGAUAAUUAUCCCAAUAGCCUCUGUAUAAAAGUAAAUGGGAAGCUAUUUCCCUUGCCUGGCUACGCACCACCACCCAAAAAUGGGAUUGAACAGAAGCGCCCUGGACGCCCUUUGAAUAUCACAUCUUUAGUUAGGUUAUCCUCUGCUGUGCCAAACCAGAUUUCCAUUUCUUGGGCAUCAGAAAUUGGAAAGAAUUACUCCAUGUCUGUAUACCUUGUACGACAGCUCACAUCAGCCAUGUUACUACAGAGAUUAAAAAUGAAAGGUAUUAGAAACCCUGAUCAUUCCAGAGCACUAAUUAAAGAAAAACUUACUGCGGAUCCUGAUAGUGAGAUUGCCACCACUAGCCUUCGGGUCUCCUUGAUGUGCCCUUUAGGGAAAAUGAGGCUGACAAUCCCGUGCCGUGCAGUGACUUGUACACAUCUGCAGUGUUUUGAUGCGGCCCUUUAUCUGCAAAUGAAUGAGAAGAAGCCCACCUGGAUUUGUCCUGUGUGUGACAAAAAAGCUGCCUAUGAAAGUCUCAUUUUAGACGGGCUUUUUAUGGAAAUUCUCAAUGACUGUUCUGAUGUGGAUGAGAUCAAAUUCCAGGAGGACGGCUCUUGGUGUCCAAUGAGACCGAAGAAAGAAGCUAUGAAAGUAUCCAGCCAACCGUGUACAAAAAUAGAAACUUCAAGUGUCCUCAGUAAGCCUUGUUCAGUGACUGUAGCCAAUGAGGCGAGCAAGAAGAAAGUGGACGUUAUUGACCUAACGAUAGAAAGCUCUUCUGAUGAAGAGGAAGACCCUCCUGCCAAAAGGAAAUGCAUCUUUAUGUCAGAAACACAAAGCAGCCCAACCAAAGGGGUUCUCAUGUAUCAGCCAUCUUCUGUAAGGGUGCCCAGUGUGACUUCGGUUGAUCCUGCUGCUCUUCCGCCCUCAUUAACAGACUACUCUGUACCAUUCCACCACACGCCAAUAUCAAGCAUGUCAUCCGAUUUGCCAGGUUUGGAUUUUCUUUCCCUUAUUCCAGUUGACACCCAGCAGUACUGUCCUCCUAUGUUUUUGGAUAGUCUCACCUCACCCUUAACAGCAAGCAGCACGUCUGUCACCACCACCAGCCCCCAUGAGAGCAGUGCUCACGUUAGCUCGUCCAGCAGCAGGAGCGAGCCAGGGGUCAUAGCCAGCAGCGGGAGUAACAUUCCUGACGUCAUCUCAUUGGACUAAAGGAGGACUCACUCGAUUCUGGGAAUCAUUCGUCAGAACCGCCCUUUCUUGGAUCUCUGGUCCGUGGAAGCUAUUUUUUUGGUAACAAUUACUUUGAUAUUUAUUGAAAUGUCAGACGGAUUCUUUUGCCUUCUGAAAGAUGAACACAAAUGACUACAGCAAGAACCACAUGACAUGCGAGGAUUUUUCCUAUUCAUGCUGUGCUCUGAGCAUCCAAUGUGUUCAGCCAUUUAACUGUGUCUUCAGAGAUGGAUUUCAGUUUCAUGUGUUACUGGACGGAGUCUACAAAUCAGUUAAUUUUUUUGUUGUUGUUGUAGUAAACAGCAAUAAAAUUAUGUAAAUAUUCAAGUAAACUUUUUUCUAAUUAAAAAGAUGUAAUCAAUGAUUCUAAAAUGACAGCAGCUUUUGUUUAACCUGAUGUGAAGGAAAAAUACAUGGAAAGAAGUUAUGUUUGCCGAAUGAGUCCUUUCCACAGAGAUUUGUUCUGUUUUCGUUGAAGUAAUGAAGCCUUCAUACGUGC